AUUUGAAUCUUCAUAUAUGGGCACUCCCUCCCCUAUGCUCCUCCUCUCCAUCCCAAUAGAGUGGAGAGGGUCAUAAGUCAUGGCUACUCAUAAGCAGGGCCUUGGACUUUGAUGGGUACUUUGAGCUUAGGUCUACCACUACCAGGUCCAACUUCCUAUACCUUUCUUGCUCCUCUCAUCUCCAUUCCCAAACACACACCAUAUAUACAACAACACAAGGCUAUUUAGCAUAUAUAGGUACUACUAGUAGUAGUGAGAGUGCAAACAAAGGACACACUAGUAGAACAAAGAUUUCAUACAUGGCUCUCGCCAGUCUCCUUCUCCCCUCCUCCUCGGCCUCCACGGCCAGCAAGGCCGCUGGCGACCGCGCCGACAGCCGGCGUCAUGACCACCACCACCACGGCAGCAAGCGCAAGAAGAAACCACCGCCGCCGUCACCGCAACCGUCGCUCUCCUCGGCGCCAAGAACCCCUCCAGGCGCACGAAGCCAGCGCGGCAUGGCCGUGUCCGCGUCGUCGUCCAAGAAGAGCCCCAAGGUCGCCGCCGCGGCGGCGGCCAAGAACCGCCCGCAGUACCAGCAGCACCGUGUCCAGUCGACGAAGAAGGCCACGGCGACGGCGGCGUCCUCCUCCUCGUCGUCGUGGGAGCAGGUGAAGAGCCUGCUGAGCUGCCGGAGCGCGACGGCGGCGGCGCGCGUGCACGACCCGGCGGCGCCCUCGGCGCUGGCGCGGCUCCGCGGGAGCGGCGCGGGGGCCUGCGGCGCCUCGCUCUGCGCCAUGCGCGACGUCGUCGACGCCGCCUCCUCCGCCGCCGCCUCCGCGUCCGCCGACCGCGACACGGCCCCGCUGAACCGCCGCCGCGCGCACCGCGCUGGUUCGUCGUCCUCCUCCUCCGCUGCCGCCGGCGGCGGCAGCCACUCCUCCCUGCGCGGCCUCUCCGGCUGCUACGAGUGCCGCGCCAUCAACGUCGAGCCCAUGUCGAGGCGGUACCCGAGGCCGAGGGAGCUGUGCGCCUGCCCGCAGUGCGGCGAGGUGUUCACCAAGGCCGACAGCUUGGAGCACCACCAGGCCAUUCGCCAUGCAGUGUCGGAGCUUGGGCCCGAGGACUCCGGCCGCAACAUCGUGGAGAUCAUCUUCAAGUCCAGCUGGCAGAAGCGCGACCGCCCCAUCUGCCACAUCGACCGCAUCCUCAAGGUGCACAACGCGCCGCGCACCGUCGCCAGGUUCGAGGCCUACCGCGACGCCGUGCGCUCCCGCUGCCGCGCCACGGCGGCGCGUGCCGCCGCCGACGGCAACGAGCUGCUCAGGUUCCACUCCGCGCCGCUCGCAUGCGCGCUCGGGCUCAGCGGCGCCACCUCCCUCUGCGCCGGCGCUGCCGCCGACCCGUCCAGCAUCAGGAGUAGUAACGCCGCCGCCGUUGACACGGCGUCGUCGUCCUCCUCUCCGGCAGCAGCUCCUCCUGCCACCGCCGCCGCCGCCGCGUGCUGCGGCGUGUGCACGGCCAUCCGGCACGGGUUCGCGCCGUGGGUGGGCGCGCACCAGCUCGGCGUGCGCACCACGGCCAGCAGCGGCCGCGCGCACGACUGCGGCGGCUCGGAGUCGGUGCAGGCGGCGGCGAACUCUAACAACGGCGGCUGCCGCGCCAUGCUGGUGUGCCGCGUCAUCGCCGGCCGCGUCCGCCGCGACGGCGACGCCACGUCCGCAGCCGGGGAGGAGGGCCCGUUCGACUCGGUGGCCGGCGAGGACGCCGCCAGCAGCAGCGUGUACGGCAACCUCGAGGAGCUCUUCGUGGCCAACCCCAGGGCCAUCCUGCCGUGCUUCGUCGUCAUCUACCGUGUGCUUGAAUGAAUCUUAAUUGUGUGAACCACAGCACAUUCACAUAUGCUUCUUAAUUACUACUAGUUCAUAUACAUUUUGUACUAAAGAAGAAGAAUGUAGACCAAGAUCAUGUCUGUUAAUCUUUUUUUUUUGUCAAAAACUACUUCUUUUAUAUGCCCCAUAUAAUUAUGUUUGUAAGAUUUCAUUUUGUAGUUGCAUCAAUAUAUGUAUAUGUAUAUAUAUGUAAAAAAAAGAAGGAUGAGUUGCUAGCAGUUUAGUUAAUAGUUCAA